AUGCCUGCAGCACCUUCAGCCAAGUACAAGCCAGUCUCUGAUGGUGCUUUCGAGGACGUGAAGACCGACGACGACCACGAAGAAUACCUACUGGAUAAGGGAAAAUGGUCUUCAAGUAGAGGCACAUCGAGGCUUAGGAGAGCACUCCAGAUACUUGCCGUACUCCUCGCUCUAGCAACGUAUACUUGGGCAGUCCUUUACUACGCCCAAGAAGUCAUCUACAAACCAUUUUGCCCUCGACUAACGACACCAGACACGGUACAUGUGUGGGACAAGGUCGAGUUCAACCCGCAGCUCGUAAAUCCAGUGACGCCAGGUCAUGACCACCCACUGUUGGGCAAUCCGACCCCAGAGGUAGAUGCAAACUGGUCUGCACUGCUCUCAGCGUUUGCCAACCGAAUUCCGGAGCUCGAGGUACGCCGCCUUGGUAUGGAAGCAGAUGCGAUACCUUUCAACGAUGGGGAAGGCGGCUACCUCGGAGGUCUUGCCAUGGUGCAUAACCUGCACUGCAUCGUGAGUAUCGAGGUUGAUCCUCGCAAUUUAUCCCUUUACGGCGGCGUGUCAAAGACUAAAGCUUCCUGUUUACGUCAGAACUACCUAUACCAGGUCGCGCACAGAGACUACUACUACACUUCCAAUACCACAGAGAAGGAGGAUGCAACUCAGAAGAGUCAUAUAGGACACUGCCUCCACCACAUCAUGGAGUCUGUGAAAUGCCAGGCAGACCUGACGCCCGUGCUUCUUCACUGGACUCUCCAUGAUUUCCACUCAGUCAUCAACUGGGAUGGCGUCGAGCGUACCUGUGCUGACUGGUCGCAGUUGAUGGACUGGGGUUCGGAGCAUUCCGUGAGAAAGGCUACCUCCAUAUCUCAGUUCACAGGAAACUUCUUGGAUGAACACGGGAAGUUCAGCUGGGUAGAUCAGGAGGGAGGUGUUGAUUACAAGGAGUUUUUCAAAACGCCAGAGUACCAGAAGUGGGCGAAAGAUCAGGGGCUCGCCUUGGGGGAGGCCGCGGCGGAAGAGUAUCUGAAGUCCUUUUACGUCAAGCAGUAG